AGAAUCUCCUAAAAGCCCAGGUGCUGCUUCACUCGGUAUCUCAUAUCCGAGCCGAGAUAACGUUUUUUCUCUUUUCUACUUUAUCGCUUCUGGGCAGUGAAGAUUCGCUUCAGGGCUUCUGAGUUCCGUGCGAAUUUUCAUUCAAUUCUUCUUUUCCUUUUUAUCUUCUCCAAUUUUUGUUGUCUCCACUUGAAUUCUCGCCUGAGCAGAAAAAAUUUCAGGUCGGUCUUUGGAUUUGAAUAAGAAGAAACAUGUUUUAUGUUUCCAGGUUUCAGUGGAAAUGAUCAGUACUCAGCCUGAACCAAAGAGCUCGAUUUAUGCAAUUAAUCACGUUACUCUGAAGAAGGAAUUUGGAGACUUGAGUGGGUUUCAAGUUUUCAGUUUGAUGCUUGAGGUUCCCCACCAUAAUCCUUGAGGAAGUAGGGACGAUGACCAUGGAGCGAAGCUUGUCAGGGGAAAUCCACGAGGGAAGUAAUAAGGGAGGAUAUGUAUUGGCGAUUGAAUGCUUGAAAGGGAGCUCGAAAGCUGACGAAUGGAACGGAAACAUGCUUCAGACAGGCGACAUCGUGGAGGAGCUGAAGAUCGGAAACGUGUUGUCCGUUCGACCGCCGUUCAAGAACGGAAAGCACGGGGUGCAGAAACUCCUCCACACGUCGUUCAAGAAGAGGGAGACGUUGAUUAAGGUCCGAGUCAGACGCGGCCGAUACGAGGUCGUUGAGUUGCAGGCCUGUAUCGUCCCCAACGAGGCCGCCGGGAGGAAGCAGUAUAUGUUGAGAUCUAUUGAUGAUCCAAACUACGCUGUUGGAUUCGCUGAUCGGACGGAAAGCGAUUGCCUUGCCUUUCAAGGUUCAAGAAGAUCUAGGGUGGUCUCUGCAUUAAGCAAAGCACAGCUUCAAGAUGGUUAUGUAUCAUACCGCUGGGAGAGGAAGAUGCAGUUGCUUACAGUUCCCAAUUCAAGUUGCUUUCUUUCUAUACUGUUUCUUCCAAAGGCAUCAGACCGAGUUGCUUCACGGUACAAUGACAUUGAGGACACGCUUGCUAGGGCAAAUGCCUGGUUAAAUGCUUCUCAUGCCAAUGGGGUCCCUAUAUCAUUUAUGAAUAUCCAGACUGAGUCCCUCCUUACGAAGAUCUCUGGGGAGACUGCUUCAGCUACUGUCAAUGCUGGGUCAUUUUCUGACCUAUCAAAUCUUGCAAAUGUUAGCCUCUAUGGGUUUGAAGAUUACCAUGGGGUCGAUAUUGGUGUGGUGAGAGCAGUUCGUCUCUGGUAUGCUCCUAUUGGAGGAGAGUUUGCAUUGGAGAUUGAUCUUAAGGAAGGUGACACAAAGCUUGGGUUUGCAAUUAGUCGUACAGAAGAGGGAUUCAUUUACAUUUCUUCCGUUGUUGAUGAUGAGAAUAAUGAGCUAGCAUCAACACGAUCAGGACUUAGGGAUCUUUACAGAGAGGCAAUGAGUGCAUCUAAGUUCCUGGUGAUCUCAAGAGUAUCAAACCAGAAAGUCCUUCCUUGGAUGGUUUCUUCAACUGGGGCAAUCCGAUGUUUUGACACGGUCUCGCUCAGCCAGAAGUUGUCAUUGCACCGCCAUGCCUUGCGUCCGAUUUUCAUCCAUGUGUUCAUGUGGGACUGCACAUUGGCUUCCGAAAAUGAUGGCAUUGGCAAGUUUAAGGCCAGCUCACCACCUGCAUUGCCACCACCAUCCGAAGUCCGUUUAUCAUGGCGUCCUUCAAAUGAGAGGCAAGUCCUGCCUCUACCUACUGAAGUUCAAUUGUCACAGCCUCCAACUGAGAGCCACAUCCAGGGCAAUGGGCCUGAGAUUAUGGGAGACAGAGACACGGCAGGGGAACUAGGAAAACGGAGAGAUAGUGACCGUGGUAUUCAGGGCAAGAGCAGAAGCAACCUGCAGCGAACGUUCUCUGGUAUGCGACGUCUCGCUUUUCCUGUUGAAUGGCUUUGCAACAAGUACGGGCAGACUCCACGCUUUCCUCAGGUCACAAAAUCCCAAGCCUUGUUUGAGCUUGAUGCACCACAAGUCACUUUUCUGCUGGAUUUCUACGGACUACAGAUCGAGAAUGUUGAAACGAAUGUUGUUGAAGGGAAUGUUGCUGAGUUGCGUGUUGCUCAGUUGCGGAAGCAACUUGCAAUAUUCUUAGGAUCUUAG